AUGGCUAAUUCUAUGGCCUUGUUAACACAGCGUAAUUGUAUUCAAUUCGCUACCGCGCCGAUACCCACUUUCGAUGGCGAGAAUCCAGCUUUGUCGGUUUUCGCUCAGAGUGUAGAAAACGGGCUCGCGUUAAUACCAGAUACGUCGGAAACAGAGUAUCUGAGUAUCGUGUUGACUAAACUCACCGGUCCGGCGCGGAUUAGUAUCCAAGAUAAACAAUUCAACAAUGUAACUCAAUUGUUACAACAUUUGAAAAAACGAUACGCUCCUGGGAAGAACUUGGCGUAUUUCCAAGCUGAGGUUUCGCGCCUUAAAAUCCGUGAGGACGAAUCACUAAGGAAGUACAUCGACAGAGCCAGCAAACUUGCCCAUGGAUCUCGUAUCGCGAUUCGCGAGAGGUACACGACCAACGUGGAUCAGCUCAUCAAGGAGAUGGAAAUGGACAUCUUGGAGAAUUUCCUUGAGGGUUUACCGGAGCGUGUGGCCUGGAGAAUCGCCGCUCUGGACAAAAAGAUUAAAACUUUAGAAGAGGCGUACGAAGCUGUGUUACAAAUUGAACGUCGCCUCAAGAACCGACGACAGAUUCAGGAGAAGGCAUCACCUAGUCGUCGUAGAGAAGAGGAUUUUCUCAGCUGGAGACGUCCUCGAGAGAAGGAACACAGGCGUGUGUACCCUCAGUCACCGUCACCCUAUCGGCAAAGACCAAGGGAUCGCAGCACAUCUGGUUCCGAACCGGAGUUCGAAGAACGAGCUUCACGUGCAACGGCGUUGACUUUACGUAAGCAUGAUUAUUCACGCUCUCCAAACCACUCACCGGAGGCGCCAAAAUAUGACGAGCCGUUCAACACCAAACACGAUGUUUACGACUUUUAUUGCGCAAACUGCAGUACGGUCGGACACGGUUGGAAGGAUUGUGAAAAAUCACCUCGCUGCGAAAGACCCCGAUUCCAGUAUCGAAGGGAGUCGCGAGGGAAUUUCUCACCUUUGAGGAAACCUUUAAACUCCAACAACGCUCACCCAAACGGCGAGGCGGAAGGGGCUGAAAUUUCCUAUUACCAUAAAACCUUGGUAACUCGUAACCAACCUAUUAAACCUAUAUUCUUCAGUAACGCUGAGGAGAUGGAACUACAUCCAGUAUUGCCAAUUAAACAUAGAUUGCCAGGACGCACAGCUCUCCAAAUUGCAGUUCCAGUCGCAAAUCCGGAGGUUAUGGAAGGGUACCUAGCACGAAUCAAGACUCCUGAACAGGUCUACAUUGGAGAAGCAGCAGUCUGCAAUCAUGAUGGAAUUUGCUAUGUCCUAGCCACAAACACCGGAGAAGACGAAAUCGAAAUCGACAUUGAACCACAACGCAUACAUCCGUAUGAGAUUUUUGACUCAUCAGAUGACGAUCCUAUUCCUUCGUAUCUAGCAAAGGAAACAAAGGAAGACAGAACUACACGUAUCCAAGAUCUUUUAAGGACCGAUCAUCUAAACUCUGAAGAACGACAACAUGUGUUCAAAAUUGUCAGGGAAUUUUCUGAUAGAUUUUUCCUACCUGGAGAUAACCUGGGCAAGGUUCCAAAUUUUCAUCACUCUAUUUACACAACAGACGACAUUCCGAUUAAUACUAGACAGUAUCGGUACCCACCAGUACAUCAGGAGGAGAUACAACGACAGGUUGGAGCUCUGCUAUCGCAGGGUAUUAUUAGACCAUCCACCUCACCAUACAAUUCUCCUUUAUGGAUUGUACCGAAGAAACCGGACGCCGAUGGUAACAAACGUUGGCGAAUGGUAAUCGACUUUCGUGCAUUAAACGAAAAAACAACAGGCGACAAGUUUCCAUUACCUAAUAUUCCAGAAAUACUAGACAAGGUAGGCGGAGCAAAAUACUUCUCAAUAUUUGAUUUGGCAAAUGGAUUUCAUCAGAUUGAAAUGAACCCAAAGGACAGACAGAAGACCGCGUUUACAACACCACAUGGACAUUUCGAGUUUGUGCGUAUGCCUUUUGGUUUGAAGAACGCACCACCGACAUUCCAACGCGUCAUGAACCGGGUAACAUCAGGCCUGGAAAACGUACUUGUGUUCAUAGAUGAUAUGAUUGUUUUCUCUUCAUCGCUGCGUGAACACGAAAUUAAAGUUAAAAAACUAUUCGAUCGCCUCAGGGAAUAUGGACUUACUCUACAGACUAAUAAAUGCGAAUUCCUACGCAAAGAGGUUGCCUAUCUGGGACACAUUUUGUCUGCUGACGGGGUUAAACCAGAUCCUAGGAAACUUCACGCCGUAAAAAACUUUCCGAUUCCAAAAACACAGAAGAAUGUGCAACAGUUUCUGGGACUGACGGGAUACUAUCGCCGAUUCAUCAAGGAUUACUCUCUAAAGGCAAAACCACUAGUUCAGCUGUUGGGAAAAGGAACCCCUUUCCAAUGGACUGAAGAACAACAAGGGAGUUUUGAACUAUUGUGUAAAGAACUCUGUACACAACCAAUAUUACAAUAUCCAGAUUUUGAACGACCAUUUGUUAUCACGACGGAUGCUUCGGAUCAUGCGAUUGGGGCAGAGGAAAACAGUCAGACUACCAUAAGGCCUGCGUCUACUGUCGUGGAACUACCUGAUCCUCCUACACCACCAACAGACGGACCAGAUGUCCAAGGUUUACAACCACCCCUACAACCUGCCAGACCGCAGACUCCACCGGAAUACUUAAAACAUUACAUGAAUUCAUACGAGGACUGGGACCUGUACCUACCUUUCGCAACGCUAUCCUACAACACGUCAGUUCACGAAGCUACCAAUUUCACCCCGCACGAGCUGAUCUUUGGAAAACCAGCCCGACAACCAAGUUCUUUUCCAGAGGGAGAAGAAUUGGAUACUUAUGGAACUUACCUCACUCAUCUAAUCACAAGACUGACUGAAACCCGCAACAUAGCAGCAGAUAAUUUAAACACCGCAAAGGACGAUCGCAAUACAAACCGGACAAAUGGGUAG